AGAGGCCAUUAAAAUUGCUUUCCAUUUAAUUGUAAUCACUUAAGAAACAUAUUUAAACAUUGAUUUUCAAAAAAUUAUUCACUUGUCAAUUGAAAAUCCCAAAAACAACUUGACGCUGCAAUCAUGAAGAUCAAUAAAGUUAUUUUUGUUAUAGUAAUUACCACAUGUGUCAUAAACGGCCUGCCAGUACAAGACAAAAAUGAACCUGAAAAGCCUUCUGAGCCAGCCCAAGAUCAAAAGAAAUCGCCCGUAAAUAGCACAGAUGAAGUUAUUCUUAUACCUAUCAAUCUUCAAGAACUCAAAUCAGAUCCUGAGGCAAUAGUCAAGGAAGUUAAGGAUAUUCUAAAUUUUAUGAAGAGUAAAAAGGACAAUACUAACAACCCUAAUUCCUCUACAACUGAGGCAUCUUCUAAACCUAGUGAUGCUACAACUGAUAAGUCUUCUGAUAAACCAUCGAAUGAUACCACUAUAACUGCUAAACCAUCGGACAAACCGUCAAGUGCUGCAACCACCACUGCCAAGUCAGAUAAGUCAUCCAGCGAUGCCACUACCACUUCACAACCAUCAGAAAAACCAUCGAAUGAUGCAUCCACUGUUAAACCUUCGGAUAAGCCAUCAAAUGAUGCCACAACCACCUCCAGCCCAUCUGACAAACCAUCAAGUGACGCAACCACCACUGCGAAACCUUUAGAUAAAUCAUCUAACAAUGCCACCACUACUACUAAUCCCUCAGAUAAGCCAUCAAGUGACUCCACCACAACUGCUGCGCCGUCGGAUAAACCAAAAAGCGAUGCCAGUUCAACUGCUAAUCCUUCAGAUAAAUCAUCAAACGAUACUACUACAACUGCCAAGCCCUCAGAUAAAUCUUCAAAUGAUGCUACCACACCGGCCAAGGCGUCGGAUAAGCCAAGUGACGCAACAACGACACCUAAGUCUUCGGAUAAACCUUCGAAUGAUAGUACUUCAACUGCUAAGCCAGCAGAUGAAUCUUCAAGUGAUGCUAAAACUACUGCCAAGUCUUCAGAAAAAGCGACAAGCGAUGCUACUACAACUAACGACACUUAUACUACCGCUAAGCCAUCAGACAAGAAAUCAGAGGAUUCUACCACGAAGGGUCCAAAUAAAGACAAAGUUGAUUUAGAAAAAGAAAAAGAUGUCGCACCUGAAAGUGCAACGCAAAGUCCAGAAAAAGACUCCAAAAAUUCUACAACAAAGGCACCUCAAAAUAUUAUUAACGAAAAUUGUUAUUACUGUAUAAACGAAUAUUUCUUUGAUAAACCAGCGCCUAAGCACUAACAAAAAUGUAUCAUAUACUAUUUUCAUGUGCCCAGGUGCUUAGUUAGCCACUUCUACUUAGUUCACUAUAUAAUAAACUUAAUAGCAAUAACAUACAUUUAUUUUAUUCAUGUUAAAAGUCACGAUGUUGCAGAAAACAUAGCAACAUUUGCCAAUAUUUGGCAUGCA